AGGUCUAAGAAUAGUGCUCACAAGGAUACAAGACAAAUAGCGACACCGGCCUGGCGUAUUGGCGACUGAUUAUUUGUCUGCGUCCAAGUGUCUAUCAAACCACCCAGAACACCCCCAGGAUCUGGGAGAGACACUUCGGUGGAGUGCAACAAGUCGUCAUUACUGCCCAUUCGCGCAACCUGAACUCACUCUUGGUCUCCGACGGAUCCCUCAUGGCUUCCAUGCGGUAGUAAUGACUGACGGUGUCAAAUUCCAAACAAGCAACAAACUUGUACACGUAGACCAGGGUGUCGUCGAAUGGAACGAACGGAUACUUUUGCCCUGCGAGCCAUCUUCUCAAGUUCGGGUCAGCAUGUAUGCCUCAUUUGAACUGGAUCCCAUGCUCUGUCAUGGAGAGGUCCUCCACACAUUCGAGAUAUCUAUUGGAGAAUUACUGGAUCGCAGUGAAAAGUCGCGCCCUAUAAUCUUACAGCCCAAGCAGGAGGAAGUCGUAUCCUCGCGCACUUUGCUAUUCAUGAUAGUGGAGCAACGACGUUCUGAUGAAAACGACGCUACAAUUCUUCGCCCACUUACUACCCUUGCGUCCGACGACAUGCGUGCGUUAGUACUAAGGACGGAUGCCGGACGUGUUCUUCUCGCACGAUACCGAAGGACACAGAACAUCAGGGAUCUCGACAAAUCCAUAACGCACUUUGAACGCGCGUCUGAUUUCUGUGCCAUGGGUCACCCCUGCCGCCCUGCAGCACUGUUCAAUCUAGCUUCUGCGAAGUUUGUUAAUUGCCAAGUCAACGGAACAUACUUCGACCUCGACAUCUCCAUCUCUCUUUUUCAAGACGCCUUUGACUUGCGUCCGAUUGAUCAUCCUGACCGACCGGUCUCGUUUCGCGAAACGGGGAUUUCAAACGGACGCUGAUGCAGCCGAAGAGUUACUGAGCAAAGUCCUUGAUGUUUGUCACGCCAACAGGACAUUGCGAGUAGAAAGAUGAUCCUUAGAAUAAUUGAGACAGAGAUCACCAUAUUCGUAAUGUGCUACUCGCUAGUAAGAAGUAUUGAGGACCAUAAAUAUAUAAAUUAAUUGCGUCUGAAGUAGUGGC